GCUGACGCCCCUCAGGAGCCACCAUGUUGGUGAUACCCCCCGGACUGAGCGAGGAGGAGGAGGUUCUGCAGAAGAAAUUCAACGAACUGAAGAAAAAGAAAAAGGCACUGCUGGCUCUGAAGAAGCAAAGCAGCAGCAGCACAGCCAGCCAAGGUGGGAAACGCUCUCUGCCAGCGCAGCCCGUGCUGGACCCAGCCACCGCCACGGAGCAGGCAAAGCAGCUGGUGAAGUCGGGAGCCAUCAGUGCCGCCAAGGCUGAGACCAAGAACUCGGGCUUCAAGCGUUCUCGAACCCUAGAGGGAAAGUUCAAAGACCCUGAGAAGGGGCCGGUCCCCACUUCCCAGCAGGGGACGCUCCAGGGGAGCCUAUCUGCUGAUGACCAUCUGCAGGAGUCGCCCAGACGUCCCCAAAGGACAUCUCUGUACGAGAGCUUUGUGUCUGCCAGUGCCCGGCUUCGGGACCCGGGGCCAGACGGGGAGGAGGCAGAGGGCCCGGGGGCUGGCGAUGGCCCUCCCCGAAGCUCCGGAUGGGGCUCCGAAGCACGUGGUAACGCCCGCUCCUCAGUCUCCCCUCCCCGAAGCCGCAGCCGGGACCGCCGUCGUGAGCGGAACCCGGACAGAGACCGGGACUGGGAGCGAGACAGAGACCGGGACCGGGACCGGGGCCGAUGCAGAGACCGGGACCGGGACCGAGACAGAGAUCGAGACCGGGACCGGGACCGAGACAGAGAUCGAGACCGGGACCAAGACCGAGAAGGCCCUUUCCGCAGGUCGGACUCCUUCCCUGAACGCCGGGCCCCUCGGAAGGGGAACGCUCUCUACGUGUUUGGGGAAGACAUGACGCCCACCCUCCUCCGUGGGGCCUUCUCCCCCUUUGGAAACAUCACUGACCUCUCCAUGGACCCACCCAGAAACUGUGCCUUCGUCACCUACGAAAAGAUGGAGUCAGCAGAUCAGGCCGUUGCUGAGCUCAACGGGACGCAGGUGGAGUCCGUGCAGCUCAUCAGCAUUGCCCGCAAACAGCCCACGCUGGAUGCCGCCACUGGCAAGUCCGUGUGGGGCUCCCUCGCCCUCCAGAACAGUCCUCAGGGCUGCCAUCGGGACAAAAGGACCCAGAUUGUCUACAAUGACGAUGUCUGCCAGGAAAACCUUGUGGAUGGCUUCUAG